GCAAAACAAAAUGUCAGUUGAUGCAAGGCAAUGCCCAGCCUGGUCGAGUUGGUGCAUUUAUCCCACAAUGCAAAGAGAACGGAGAGUUUGAAGAGAAGCAAUGCUGGGGGUCUACAGGAUAUUGCUGGUGUGUUGACAAAGAUGGACAAGAAAUUCUUGGCACUAAAAUCCGCGGAGAUCCCGACUGCAGCAAUUCAAGGGUCCGCAAAGCUUUAACACUCUGUCAGUAUCAGCAAACCAUUGUCAUCAAUAUCCCAGGAUCGUGUGGCCCUCCAAGCUGUAACGAUGAUGGUAGCUUUGCAGAUGUACAGUGUUGUGCCAGCACAGGAUACUGCCACUGUGUAGACAAAAACGGAAAAGAGAUUGUUGGAACGAAGCAAAGGGGACGACCAUCAUGUUAAGUUUCAGAUAACACACAAGAUGGGACAUCAGCCAGAGAUAUGACACAUGGUACUAUUUACGUUUUUAAUGAUAAUAAAGAGCAUAUAUGCAGAAUGA